AUGUUCAAACUAUCGACAUAUCUUUGGUGCUGCUGUUUACGUGGAUGUCAUGUACCACGUGUUCGAGGCCAUCCACUAGCUGUUCUUCAUCAUUUAACUGAUUUUCCACCGAACGAAGACGCUGAUAUAGUUGUACCAUCCCAUCUUGACCAUCACUAUGGAAGCGGAACAGAAGAUGAUCCGUUUGUUAUCUAUCGUAACUCAAAUUUAAUUGGACAAACCGAUCUUCAACGUCUUCGGCUUGUGUGUAUAUCUGAUACGCAUAAUGAAAUUCAUCGAAUACAUAUUCCUGACGGUGAUGUUUUUAUUCAUUGUGGUGAUGCUGUUCGUUUUCGAACGUGUUCUCGAGAUAUAAGAGUAUUCAAUGACUUCGUUGGCACACUUCCUCAUAGACACAAGAUUUUUAUUAGUGGCAAUCAUUGCAUCUGUCUUGAUCCCGAACAUCCUGAACAAACUCAACAGAUUCUUAGUAACAUGACCUAUCUUCAAGAUCAACUUAUCGAUAUCAAAGGUGUACAGAUCUACGGUAGUCCUUGGCGACCUAAACGUGGAAUAAUUUACCCCGCUGAAGCGUUUGGUUACGAUCCCCAACUCAUACGAGAUGAUGUGUGGUCACACAUUCCUGAAGAUAUCGAUAUUCUUCUUACCCAUGGACCACCAUACAGCGUUCGUGACUAUCAUCCAUUAACAGCCGAGCGAAUUGGUUGUCCCGGUCUGUUAGAUGAAGUUGUUACUAGAGUUCGUCCUCGUAUACAUCUCUUUGGACACAUGCAUGAAUGUCAUGGUGCAAGUUUAUAUCGAAGCGAAGAUAAUCAAACUCUAGAAGGUGAAUAUUCUCACGACAAAUCCAAUGAAAUUCUUUUUGUUAAUCUCGCCAUACAUCAAGGCAAAACUUUAGGUGAAGCGGUAGUGAUUGAUUAUUAUUACUGA